CUCGCAGGUCCUUCAGCAACUAGGAUCGAGCAGCUAUAUAUCAGGUUCUGGUCCGUGCAAGUAUCGUUAUGGACACCUGGGAGGCCCGAUCAACCUGAACCCAGGAAGGACUAAGGCAGCAGCACAGACAAGUGACCAGCACACGGAGGUCCAAGCUGUUGUGACUGUUUCAAAACUAAAGAAGACCCACCGAGGAUGGACAAGGAGAAAAUCAAGAAGACCAAGCGGAUAUUAAAUCUUACACUGGAGAUCAUCUACCUGCUGACAGGAGAGGAUUACACAGUAGUGAAGAAGACCUCUGGUGACUGUGUGACCCCUAGUAGCUCUCCCCAGUCAGUAGAUUUGAACCUCAUCACAGAGAGUCCACCUCACUCACAGAUACCCCAGACGAACAAUGAGCAGAAAAUCCUAGAACUCACCAACAAGAUCAUUGAGCUACUGACUGAAGAGGAAAAGGAUUGUUUAAGAGGACACAAAACGGUCACGAAAAAGACUAUACACAAAGAUGUCAUGGAAAAGACUUGUCGGCCCCUCACAUCACCAGAUAGGACUCCUAAAGGAGCUACACCAGAGAGCAGUCCCAGUCCUUGUUCUAUUGAGGAUUGUGAACAGAUGAAUAGCAGUGACCCACCGGACCAUGAAGUUGGAGUCUCUACGAACAUCAAAGAUAAUGACCUCUUCAUUGUUAAAGUUGAAGCCACUGAGGAAGAUGAGAUGUAUAUGGACGGCGGAAAACGGUGCAAGGAGGAAAGCAAUACUACGGAUAUCAGCAUAGAAGAAGGAUGCAGUGACAGCUCAGGUGGAUAUCUUGUAACUCCAGAUUCAGAAGCAGAAGAUGAUAUCAAUCAGGAUUCCGCAGGAAAGAAACUUUCCAACCCCAACAUACAUGCAGAACUUUCCAGUCAAAAUAUGUUUGAUGAUCCCUCUAAUUAUGAGGAACUUCCUGAUAAACAUGUUAAAAAAAGUAAAAGUCAUAAAGGGGUUGAAAUACUUCCAUGUUGCCAGUGUGGGAGGUUCUCCUCAUUUUCUUGUUCCAGUUGUGGUACAGAGGGAACGACUAUUGUUACACAUGAGGAAAUUAAGAAAAAAAAGCGUUCAUUUUCAUGUAACGAAUGCAGUAAAACUUAUACUCAUAAAUCACAUCUUGUACAGCAUCAGAGAGUUCACACGGGUGAGAAGCCGUAUUCAUGUGAGGAUUGCGAUAAGUGUUUUUCAAGGAAAUCGCAUCUUGUUGAACAUCAGAGAACUCACACGGGGAAGAAACCGUUUACAUGUCCAGAAUGUGGGAAAUGUUUUAGCAAGAAAUCAAAUCUAAUUCAGCACAAGAGAAGUCACACAGGGGAGAAGCCAUUUUCAUGUUCAGAAUGUGGGAGGUGUUUCACAGUUAAAGGAAACCUCGAGAGACAUCAGAGAACUCACAGAGAUGAGAGAUUAUUUUCAUGUUCGGAGUGUGGAAAGUUCUUUUCCCAGAAAUCACAUCUUCUUGAACAUCAAAGAAUUCACACAGGGGAGAAGCCAUUUCAAUGUCUGGAUUGUGAGAAGUGUUUUAACGACAAGGCCGAUCUUGUUAAACAUCAGAGAGUUCACAUGGAGGAGCAGGAUUUCCAGCUUCCAUCUGAUGGGAUCUGGUCCCAUCAUUUGCAAUAAGUGUGUGAUCCUCACACAGACUGUUAAAAUAGAUGUAGGACUACUGUUUAAAGGGGGUGUAAAAAAAAAAUGAGCAAAGUGCAGGUAAGUUAUAAAUAUUUUAAAAAAGGCCUAUACUCACCUGUUCCAUCACUUGCUCCUCCAGUGGUCACAACUGGUCUCUGUUUACAUUCCUGCAGCGAUGAUGAGCCACACAUGCAUAUGACCGCUGCAGCCAUUCACUAGCAUGUGACCACAGAGGCCAGUUAUUAGCGGUCUGAUGGAUGUACAUGAUAACAUCACUGCAGGAGAAAUAGAUAGGGAUUAGUGGGGAACACCCAAGCGGCAGGCGAUUGAACAGUAGAUAAUACGACAGCCCUAUUCUUUGCCAAAUUUUUUAAAUCCUGAACAACCCCUUUAAAGGGCAUCUGUCAGCAGUUUUGUACCUAUGA